CUUCUUUUGUCUCUCUCUUCUCUCUCACACUGUGUAGUUUUCCCGCUACUUCGUGUCAUCCCCAAAAUCUCUCUCACAGAGUUCCUUUAAACUUCCAUCUUCUCCGCCUCAUCAUCUCCCUCCGUUAAAGUUAAACCCUAUCCUCUGUUUUGCUUGUGUUCAUCCAUUCAAUUCCUUACCUUUUCGUUUAAUCUCGUUUUCCUUGAUUUUGCGAACAAGUUUUGUGCUUUCUUCUUUUUUGGGCGAGGAAUUAUCGUAUGACUCUUUGCAAUCGAACGAAUUGGUGUAAGCUCGUGAGUGAUGCUGUUUUCCUUCACGUUUUUGGCUAUAUUAAAGUUUUCUGUAAGGAAGUGAAGUCAUGGUAGAAGUUACAUGCUCUCCUGAUGUGAUGAAGAAAAUUGGAUUUGAUUUCUGUUCUUCAGUUUCAAAUACUAGUUAUGAUAGUGUAACUCCAGAAUCUCCGUCUGAUUCAAGUUUGAGCAGUCAAAGAAGCUGUUGUGCAACUAGACGUUCUUCACAAGCAGGGUGGACAGAGGAAGAGGAUAAUCUGCUUGCUGAUGUGGUGAAAAGGUUCAACGGCAGGAAUUGGAAAAAAAUAGCUGAAUGCAUGACUGGAAGGACAGAUGUUCAGUGUCUGCAUCGGUGGCAGAAAGUUUUAAACCCUGAACUUGUUAAAGGUCCUUGGACUAAGGAGGAAGAUGAACACAUUAUUGAGUUAGUUGAAAAAUAUGGCUCCAAAAGAUGGUCUUUCAUUGCGAAGUUUUUGCCAGGUCGAAUUGGAAAGCAAUGCAGAGAAAGGUGGCACAACCAUCUGGACCCUGCAAUAAAGAAAGAUGCUUGGACUGAGGAGGAAGAUUCGAUCCUAUUUUACUACCACCAGGUUUUUGGAAACAAGUGGGCAGAAAUCGCCAGGUUUCUUCCUGGAAGGACUGACAAUGCAAUAAAAAAUCACUGGAAUUGUUCGGUGAAGAAAAAGUUGGAUUUGAACUCUCCUCGUUUCUCUGAGCUGGCUUUGCCUGGAAUUAGCCUCCAGGAGUCUUGCGGUCCUCAAAGGAAAAUGACUUCCAUGGAAUAUCAGCUAUCCCAGAAUGUUUCUGACAGAAAUGCUAUCACUAAGGAAAUCUAUUGGCAAAAUGAUGAAAGUAACUGCUCAACAGAAUUAGCUCUUGGGAAUACAAAAUUUCAUGCGAAUUUUUCAGAGUCAAAGCCAAAAUUGCUUGGAUCCACUCUCUCCCAAUCUCCAGACACACGUGUAGGGGAACUGAUAAACUCAAAUGGUGGGUUCAAAGUUUUGGGUAGAGAAAUUUUUCCCUCACAUGUAAAUAACAUUGGCCUUCAAGAAAAGGGAAAUUAUGCAGCAACAUUAGACUCCUUGAACAAUCACAUGAAUAAGUGUCGUGAUUCCGAAAGGGAUCAUGUUUUCUCCUGUGUUGUGUCUCAUAUGAGCUCUGCAAAGGCCUAUGAAUCGCCUAAAAGGACAAGGCAUGAUGCUUCAGGUCUUACAAAUCUGAGUUUGGCUUGUUCACCUGAUGCAAAUUUUUUAAGUUUGUCUAGUUCUGGAUUCGUGAUGGAGGAUCAGGUUAACAAGAAAAACAAAGUUUGCGAGACACCAUCUACUCCGGAUAGUAGGCUUCAUGGCAUCUUCAGCUGCGAAAGGUUACAGUUGCAAGAUACAGUUAUAUCAACUGCAAAUCCAGGGGUUCUUAUAAAUCAUCAAAUUAGUUGUUCAGAAAGUCAGCAUUUGUGUAGCACCCCUAAUAAUCGAGUGAUAAACAUAUCUUGUGACAAUAGCAGCCCAGAGUCUCUACUGAGGAACUCAGCUAUGAGUUACAAGAAUACUCCUUCCAUAAUAAGAAAGAAAAUCUUUGCAUCAGGGAGCAGAGAUGAUAGAAACAAUGGCUCAAUGGAAAUGAAAGGCAAUUCCAUUUGUGACAGAUCAGCUGUUGGUAGAUCUCUUGAAAGACACUUCGACAAUGCCUCAGCCUGUGAUGGGGAAUUUGAAUCUGCUGCACCUAUCUCGUUGUCGCCACCGGCGGAUAUGUAGGAAAUGUGAUUUUGACGUUCUUACCCUGAUACAAUUUGGUGAGUGGUGGGAUUAUUUCAAUUUCUCUUCUCUUAUCUGGCUAUAGUUCACUGCUGUCAUCCACCGAUUGAUGGUGUUUUGAGCUGAUUAAGUCGAAAUCACCAAUUCUGAUUUAUGAUUUUGUUCUUCUGCCUAAGAUAGUAGUUGAGUGAAUCUGUAUUAUGGUUCCUGCAAAUGACAUUAUUCUUCCUUUGCAGGAAUUUAUAUGUCCAUGCAUUUUGUAGCACACUUGAAAAUGAGAUUCCUUUUCAAAACUGUGCUAAUAAAUCUCUUUGCCCGGAUGAAGCGUUUGUCUUGCACACAUGUGGGAAAUCCCCAAUAGUAUAUAAACCUACCCUGAGUAUUUCGUGUGGUCUAAUGAAUCAACAGUGGAAGCAUUGGACCCCUUCUCUUGUUCAAGGUGAUAAGCUGCUGUCGCUGGGAAACAAAUGUCUUUUCUUUUCUUUUUUUUUUUUUCUAAGGAUCUUUGUUAAAACUUCUUGAUGCUUCAAACAUUUGACGUAAGAUAUGAUCAUCUGAUAAAUGACGUGGAUAAUUCAUCAGUGGAUGGGCAUGUUGAUCUUCCUUGCAUUAUGAACAAUUUCAAGUUCAUCUUAUUUACUUAUAGAGUGCCUUCGAAUUUGGUUCUUCUGGGAUAGUAGGACAAAUGUUAUAAGUGCAGCUAACUGCUGAAUCAUGUCAUUUUGUUUGCCCAUAAAUGUAACAUAGUUCGAUAAAUUUCAUUUUUUUUCCCUACAUGUUUUAUUUUUUACAAAUUUGAUUAUAUGUAUCAAUCGUAUAAAAAAUUUUAUAUUAAUUUCAUUUUCG